UUUUUACCUGAAAAUUAUCAACAUGACAAAGUUAUAUUACAGAAAUAAAAACAAAAAAACGAAUAUCUAUUGCUAGUAAUUUUAGCACAUUGUUGCAGUCGCCGAAACUGUAACCAAAAAGCAAUCCGUGUAUUGUAUUACUGGUGCAACUUGCAGUGUGUGUUAUUUCUUUAAUUAAAUGUUAUUAAAGGUACGAACAAAAAGAGACAAUAAAUAGAACAAAACACGGUCCAUGCAGACCACAGUGUUUAGUUUCAACGGAAGUGAGUGUUCAGCUGACGUGGAAACGAUCUAUUCUCUCAAGCUGCAUCUGGUUUGAGACCAGAGCGGGUACAGACUUGAGCAACAAGGGAAAGUCGUCAUUGAAGAAAAGUUGCAUCACCAGUCACCAUCUCCCAGCUGUUGUUUUUUUGAUAUGCAGUAUUUUGUUGCACUGUGAAACAAUUCCAGCAACACAUAACACAAUCCACUCCUGCACUUGAUCCGAGAUCGCGCAAUGGUGGAGCAGUCGGACCGAGCUCCACUGCUGGAAUGUGAGGAGAUCCCUGCCGAGACACCGGCACCAGCACCGCCUCCGGAGCGGGGAUCCGAAUCGAGCCCUGCCAACUGCAGGGCACUGGGAAGUACUGCGCCGGGGACGGGCUGGAGCACGAGCCCCGGAGGUCCAGCUGUAUUUUCAUCAGCAGCUGUUAGCGGGGAUGCAGAUUCUGCUGCCAGCACAGAGACUGUGCGAGUGGGGCCGUGCUGGGAUGCACACAGUACCGUGAAAGGGGAGUCCAGAUUCUCAGGCUGGGAGACGGGAAGCCCAGAAAAGGAGCUGGCGACAAGUGUACCAGAGUGGGAGGAAAAGGACCAAAUCGUGGCUGUUUUUGUUAUAACAUUUGAUACCAGAUCUGGUAACAUAGUGGAAUGGUGUUUGCCUCAGGAUGUUGACCUGGUCGGAGUAGAGUUUAAGUCUAUGGCCAGCGGAUCCCAUAAAAUUUCUUCAGACUUCAUCUAUUUCCGCAAAGGCAGCUACUUUGGGCUUGCGUGCUUCGCGAACAUGCCGGUGGAGAGUGCGCUGGAAAGAGGGGCUCGGAUGAAGUCUGUGGGGAUUCUGUCUCCUUCCUACACCCUGCUGUACAGAUACAUGCACUUCCUCGAGAACCAAGUCAGGCAUCAGCUGGAGUCUCCAGGGCACUACACUCAGUUAGAGGCUUUUUAUGAAGACAAGAAGGGUGUCCUGCCCAUUGGGAAUGGAGGGACUACUUGCCUCCAGCCAAUCCACUGGCUGCCUUCCAUCAACAGAUGCAUGCACCCUGAAAUGAAGAUCACACACCCGGCCGGCUGCAUGUCCCAGUUCAUUAAGUUCUUCGGGGAGCAGAUCAUAGUCCUGUGGAAAUUCGCCCUGCUCCGGAAACGCAUCCUCAUCUUCUCUCCUCCCCCUGUGGGGGUCGUCUGUUACAGGGUGUAUGGCUGCUGCUGUCUGGCGAAUGUGUCCCUUCCUGGAAUCGGGGUCUCUGUGCCAGAGUUUCGACCGUUCUUCUACAUCAACGUGGCUGACAUCGAAGUGCUGGAGAAUGAGGUCUCGUAUGUAGCCUGCACGACAGAGAAGAUUUUUGAGGAGAAGAAGGGUCUGUACGAUGUCUAUGUGGACAAUCAGAAUGUAAGAACGCAUCAUGAGAACCUGCAGCCGCUGCUGAGGAUAAAUGGUGCCGACCGAGACAAGUAUCGCAAACUCAGCGAACAAAGGCAGAUGCUGCUCUACUCCCAGCAGGUAGACCGGGACUGUAGCUCCAAUGAAGAGGACCUCUUCAUUCUGUUCUUCAUGGAGCAGAACAACCGGAUAUUCCAGAUGCUGUUGGAGGUGUCGGCCAGCCAGGACAAGACGCUGACAGAGGAGCAUGUGCGGGGGAUGGGGCUGGACCCCCAGGGAGACCGCAGCUUCCUCAUCGACCUGCUGGAGGUGUACGGCAUCGAUGUCAUGCUGGUUAUAGACAACCCCUGCUGCCCCUGAGCUGAGGGUCUGUCCGCCUGUGUGCCUCUGUGUGACUGUGGCUCAGUGUUUGGGACCUGUAUCCACAAAGCUAUUGGAUAUACAGUAGUGUGCAAACGUAUUAGAACACCCCAUUGCUUCUGUUGUUUUGAUUUGUUGUACAUAUGAAAUCAAACCACUGUAACUGAAUAUUUUGGAAAAUUGUCAAAAUAGACAAAUUAGUGAUUGUAUAAUUUAAUUGAUGACUGUAAUAGACCACACAUGCAAUUAAUUUAUAACGGCAAGAGAAAAGGAACAACACAUAGCCACAAAUGGUAAAAUGCAUGAGUCACAGAAGUUGUUUUUGAUGUCUAAUUAAAGCACAAAGUGGUCGAACAUUUUCACACGAGUGCCUGUUGUUCUAUAUCACUGAUUACUGAGAGAGAAUUGACAUGCUCACAUCCAGAGGUUUUCUUGCAGGUACGUAUAUAAAGGAUAUCAAAAUGACAAACCGUGAGGUGUUCUAAUACAUUUGCACACAAAAAAGCAAAGGUCUACAAGAUGGUACAUUUGCCUACAAGUGACGGCCAAAAAUAAAAUAUUUGCUAUGAAAGUUGUUUCAACUUUAAUGAAGUAACUAAGCUUACAUUUGUAGAAAUUGUCUAUUACUACAUUCUUAUUUCUUUCAUGUGUGUCGAAUCCUAUGCAGGGUCUUUUUGGGGUAAUUUGUGUAAUGUGAGCGCCAUUGUUAAACAGCUUCAGUGUUCAGUUUGUUGUUUAGCAUUGCGAGACGUGAUACAAGUGGGCCUCACAGGAUUCAGUACAAAUAAUAUUGCAACAGACUAGUCCAUUACUGAAAAUAAACCCUAUGGUAGUUCCAUCAGAGGUUAAAAUAACUUCCACAGUAAAUAUUUCAUUUAUGGAUGUCACUUGUAGGAAAAAUCUUACACCAUUUUCCUUUCUGGGAAAGUCUGGACCAUAUCGUCACUUCUGGGGUUUCUUCAAAGCAUCUUGAAAAAAUAAUGAAUUGACUGUGAAUACCCUGAACCUGUAAUCUGGGUUGUCUGCAGCAAUGCUGCAUGGAGGUCAUUCUGACUGCCAGCACUGUUCUAUUCAACCCCCUUUGACUCUCAUCACAAAAUGUAAUGUGGACCGACUUUGUAAAAUACCUUGUGCAAGCAGCACGCAAGAGCCGUAAAGUAGCUUGGGGAGACUUUUGUUGGAACAGGCUUUUGUGUAUAUGCGUAAGGGGAAAACAUAUUUAUUUAAUGUUUUAAGAAAAAAAAAAAAAAAUCUAUAUAUUUAUUUAUUGAUGUUCUCCCAGUGGGGCAGUGGUGUUGUCAGCUGACCUGGCCACGGAAGUGACAGUCAUUGCUGUUGUGUGAUUGUUAUCUUUGUAUUUGUUUUAAAUUUUUAGCCAACUGGAGGAGAUGUGUGGAGUGAUGUUGUUCUUUUGCACAUGUGCACUGGGUUUUACUAGCUGGCUGAUUUUAAGGUUCAUUGUUUUUGCUGUUUAUUUUUGAGGAGUGCACAAAAUACCGUGUUAAAUCACUCAACUCGUGGACAAAGUCUGCUGGACAUGAGUGACACCCAGCUUGUCUGCUUACAGUCUCAGAUGCCUUCGUUCCUGCUACACUCAAAUCAGGCGGGUUUAAUGAUGGCUCACCAUAAACGUUACUCUAAAAGAGUAGCUGUUUGUAUGAAGGUAUUCUGUGUGAAAGUAAAUAACAAAAACAAAGAACCCUGUGAUUGACCACUUACUGCAGUGAAUUUGCAAACAUUAUUGACUGCAAAGAAACGUGGCCCAGCGUUGAACCAGGGAACCAACUUCGAAAAUAACCACAAGUGCAAUCUAUCAGAGCAGAAUAGGAAGAACGUUAUUAAAGAAAAUCCUGAAUUACUUCAAAAGGUUAUAAGGAGUUGAAAAUGUAUUUUCCAUGCUGCUUCCCUACAUGCUGUAGCCAGUGCCUGCUUUUGGGUCAGCAAUAAAGACCUUUUUCACCUGUCUAUUAAUACCCAGUUCUAGUAUUGGAUGAAUCAAGAUGAAAGUAGGAAUUAAUCUGACACUUCCCCAAAAUAAUUAAAAUGAGUACUUCAUUUAAUUAGACCAAACAUUUUCAUGUACUCAUAUUUUGUCAGUCCAAUUAAUCUUUGCUGUUAAGCUAAAUUACAAAGCAUAACUGUCUGUAAAAUUCGAAAUAAUAAUUUUCCAGCCUGAACUCUUCUGGUUAUUUGGCUGCUUGACUUUCAGUAAACAUCCUACUAAAAACGAAUUAACCAAAGUGUACCAGUAGCCAGGUUUUUAUAUUUAUGUAUUUCCAUUGUAAUACUGUAUGUGGGUGAACGGAACUGUUUGACAGAACUAUGUUAUGGUAUUUGAGAUGGGGACGAUUCACCAAAAACUUAAUAUUUAAAGCAGAUAAA